AUGGCUUCUCCCGCGCACCCCGCGCCCCACCGCCCGCGCCUCCGCUUCCGGCGGCCUCUUCGCGCGCAGCCGCCGCCACCGAGGCUGCCUACUCCCUCUUUCUACUCCCGCCGUCCCUCCGCACCCCAGGUAUCCCAAUUAAGAACCAUCGCGUCAAGACCUUCAAGGAGGCGUCAUGCCGUUCAAAUUGUCACGGCAUUUGAUGAUGAUCCUGGGGAUUUCUCGCUGGCGCAUGAUGAUGGGGACGAGCAGUUUGGUGUUGCUCCAUAUUCAAGUGAGAGUGAAUGGAGUGAUGAUGAUGUUGUUGUAUUGACCGCAUUCACGGAUGUUGAGUUGCCGAUGACAGUCAAGAGCCGGGCUGAGGGCGCACUAACUAUAGCUGCCCAUAGGCUCGCCACAAUUGACAAGGGGCAUAAGAAGAGUAGAACUCAACAAGGGCUGAUGAAUAAUGUUGGACUGGUUGCUUUCUUAGCAAUAUUACUUUUCUUUGUCGACUGGUGUUCUUGGAAGAUUGUUAGACUACCACUGGACUCCUUUUACUUGACACGCCCUUUUUUAAUAUCAGCAGUUUUAUCAGCACUUGCUGGAUUUCUUUUUGCUCCACUCGCUGAUAGCCUGAAGAUCCACCACUUCCGGAGGAGAGGAAAGUCUGUUUCUCCGUCAAGUAGAAAGCCAACCCCAGCAAUGGGAGGAUUAUUCUUUGUUCCUGUUGGUAUUUUUGUUGCAAAAAGCGAGGUUGGUUCCAACUCGAAUGGAAUUAAUGGAGCAGCUAUGAUUACCCUCAUAUUUGCGAUGGUUGGGUUGCUUGACGAUAUUUCGAGUCUUGCGUCAGAUGGCAGUCAUAAAAUACCGCAAUGGAUAAGGUUCUUGGUUCAAAUUGUUGCUGGCAUUUACUUCUCUAUCUGGUUGGGUUCUGCAGAUAUUUCAACACCAUAUAGCAUGAAAUUUCUGGUUCCUCUGCCUCCUCCUUUUGGCCUUGCACUCAUUGGAAAAGUAUAUAUGGUUCUGGCUGCUACAUGUUCACUUUCCAUGGGGCCGGCAGUAACACUGGUUGAUGGUCUUGAUGGUUUGGCUGGUGGUAUUGCUGCGUUAGCACUCAUAGGACUAUCUGUUGCAGCUCUCCCGAUUUGCUCUGAAUUCAGUGUUUUUGGAGCAUCAAUGUCAGGUGCUUGCAUUGGCUUUCUUUUUCACAACAGAUAUAGGGCCUCAGUAGUUAUGAGCCGGGUGUGUCAUUCUGUUGACUACUUCACUUCAAUGGUUGCAAUUCUAAAAGUGCUCAUGCUUCAUUAUGCUGCGUUUGCAUCUGUCUAUUUGUUGAUCGCUACUCUGAAGUCUGGACCAACUAGUUUGUGUCAUCCUCCACAUCUUUGUGGACCGUAA